CACCAACAACCAUCACCGCCAAUCCACGCACGCAACAAAAGUCACAAUCCCCGAUUUUUAGCUCUUACAUCUCCCUAUAAAUAUUGUUUAUCUAUCGAUUAUAUCCUCCUUUGAAGCUUCAUAUACCCCGGUCGCCUUCACGGAUAUCGUCGUAGACGAGCUCUUCUUAUCGCAACAACUCCCCGCUCUCCCCGCUUUCACCACAUCCAUACCAUACAUCACAAUGGCCAUGAACGCGAGAACCACGACGAGGGCCUUCAGGGCUCUGCGCCCCUCCACCCUCCGCCCAAUCCUCAUCAAUGCCACCCGCAGCUAUGCCAGCUCCUCGGAACCCAGCCUGAAAGACACCAUGAAGGCCGUCAUCCCCGCCAAGCGCGAGCUCCUCAAGAAAGUUAAAGCCCACAGCGACAAAGUCAUCGGCGAGGUCAAGAUUGAGAACACCCUCGGCGGCAUGCGCGGCCUCAAAGCCAUGGUCUGGGAGGGCUCCGUCCUCGACGCCAACGAGGGCAUCCGCUUCCACGGCCGCACCAUCAAGGAGUGCCAGGCUGAGCUCCCCAAGGGCACCUCCGGCACCGAAAUGCUCCCCGAAGCCAUGUUCUGGCUCCUCCUCACCGGCGAAGUCCCGACCGUCGGGCAGACGCGCCAGUUCUCCCGCGAGCUCGCCGAGCAGGGCCAACUACCCAACUUCGUCAACGCCCUCCUCGACUCCCUCCCAAAGGACCUGCACCCCAUGACGCAGUUCGCCAUCGCUGUGUCGGCGCUGAACCACACCUCGUCCUUCGCCAAGGCGUACGAGGCCGGCAUCAACAAGGCCGACUACUGGGAGCCUACCUUCGACGACUCCAUCUCGCUGCUCGCCAAGCUGCCUACCAUCGCGGCUAAGAUCUACCAGAACGCGUAUAACGGCGGCGGCGCGCUGCCGGCCGAGAUCGACACCGCGCAGGAUUGGUCGUACAACUUCGCUGCUAUGCUGGGACGUGGUGGGGAGAAGCACGAGGAUUUCCAGGAUCUUCUCCGUUUGUACCUUGCCCUGCACGGUGACCACGAGGGUGGAAACGUCUCGGCACACGCCACUCACUUGGUUGGCUCCGCGCUGAGCGACCCCUUUCUUUCCUACUCCGCUGGACUCCAGGGUCUCGCUGGACCACUUCACGGCCUCGCCGCCCAAGAAGUCCUCCGCUGGGUCCUCCAAAUGCAAGAGCACAUCGGCGCCACCCCCACCCCCGCCAACGUAAAAGACUACCUCUGGUCCACCCUCAACAGCGGCCGCGUGGUCCCCGGCUACGGCCACGCCGUCCUGCGCAAGCCCGACCCGCGCUUCGACGCCCUCAUGACCUACGCCUCCAGCCGCCCCUCCAUCGCCGCCUCCCCCCUCUUCCAGUUGGUGAAAAUGAACAGCGAGGUCGCGCCCGGCGUGCUGAUGGAGCACGGGAAGACGAAGAAUCCGUUCCCGAAUGUGGAUAGCAGCUCGGGGGUGCUGUUCCACCACUACGGGUUCCAUGAGACGCUGUAUUAUACGGCGACGUUUGGGGUUAGUAGGGGGCUGGGGCCGUUGGCGCAGUUGGUGUGGGAUAGGGCGCUGGGGUUGCCGAUUGAGAGGCCGAAGAGUAUUAAUUUGCAGGGACUGCUGGAUUUGGCUGAGAAGAAGUAGAGGAGGGUUGGUGAGUUGGCUGCCGGAGGGAGGUGGGGUUUUCGCUGAGAUGAGGUUGUUGACGGAAGGGGGUUUGUGAUGUAGGGGGCGCGGGGUCGGAUGUCCGUUUCGAGUAGCGUAGUGUCGUUGGAUAGAUCUUCUUUGCAGUAAUUUGUAGGAAGGAUUAGAAAUAGAUUUGAGUGAGUGCUUAUUUAAAAAAAU